CUCUAUGGAAACACGUCCCUCUCCCAAAGCUAGGUCUAGCAUUACCCCCCAAACCCUCAAAUUUAAAGACACUUUUCUUCAUCGGAUUGCCGAUGAUAGAAGUGAAAAUAUCAAGAUGACUCCAAUGAUGUGAGAACGGCUUCAGCAAGGCAUGUAGCUUGUUGUUGUUGAAUGGCCCCCGCAAUCUUUGAACUCUGAAAUGUAUGUAUCAAGUUUGAGUCUUAAAGGGUUAUUUUCUAUAUAUAGCCUACCAUGCAUGUAAUAAAGUUAAUAUCAUUUC